AUGGAAUUCCAAGGAACACAGAUCACAGGAAAUUCACCGUAUACGGCUGAUGUAUAUCGUUGUACAUUGCCGUAUACGGUCGUUUACGACCACAUUCAACGACAAGAAAUAGGAAAUCUUGAAUCAUAUAUGUUACCGUUACGUCAACGUUUAAAUAGUGAAGAAUGUUUAUUAGAACAAAUCGAAUUGAAAUUUGAUAAUGUCAAACAAAAAUUAUUACAACAACAGCGCAAAAUAGGACAAGAAAUAGGAAAUCUUGAAUCAUAUAUGUUACCGUUACGUCAACGUUUAAGUAGUGAAGAACGUUUAUUAAAACAGAUCGAAUUGAAAUUUGAUGAUGUCAAACGAAAAUGUUUAGAAAAACAAGAACGACGUAACGAUAUUGGAAUAAAAUUAAAUCAAUUUGGAAUAUGGUUAAAUGAACGAAUUCUUGAUUAUGAUCAAACAUGUGGUAAAUAA